AUGCGUAACAUUCUCGGAAUUUCAGGUGCUAAAAUUGCAAGCGAUCUUGCAUUUAACAUUGGCACGGUAAUCCCAUUAAUUGCUCUUCCAGCUAUAAUAUUUAAAGAAAUAAUCAAUUUAACUGAAAGAGCAGGACAUAAUAAAGCAAUUUGUAAUAGGUUAGCUGAUCGUAUACGUGUUGCAAACCAAGCUCUUGAUAAAAUUAUUGUAAAAGAUGAAAAUGACUUGGCUUUAAAAGGUUAUGUUCGUGCCAUAACCAAAUGCAAAGAGUUUAUUGAUAAAAUUAGCAAGUCGUCGCCAUUUAUGAAAUUGAUUGCUGCUCGCGAGAUUGAAAAUAAUUACAACGAAAUUACUAAAGAAUUUGAUUCAGCAAUUGCACAAUUAGGAUUAGCGACUUGUCUUCGAACGAACAGAGACAUCGAAGACGAUCAAAGAAUAUUCCAUGCUGAUAUUAAAACAUCACUUCAAGUCAUAGAAGAAGUUAUGCAGGACUUGUUUGAAAACGGCAUGAAUAAUACCGAGAAGAUUAAUGCAGUCGAAAAUAAGUUGACUAUGAUUCAAAUGGCCAUUACCAAUGAUCAAAGUUCAGCGGCAAAUAAAAUCUUUAAAAAAUCUCAGAUUUCUGGGAAUCAAAUUACUGAUCAUAUAGAAAAUGGAAAGGAAGUGAAACGUGGUGACGGACAAAUCAUUAAAAAAAUUAUGAGCGGAGUGCAGCCAGUUGCUCAAAAGGAAAUCGCAUAUAUCGCGACCUUAAGAUCUUCGGAUGGUAAUGCUACAGAAGAUCCCGCAGGAAAAAUUGAAAAACUUGAAAAGCAGCUGGCGUCUCAAGAAAUGCCUUUCUCAGAUGUUACCAACGUACCAGAGUUAGUUAACCGUGUUACGAUACUAGAAGAUCGACCACCACUAAUAAGUGGUACACCAGAUAAAUACGAAAGGGUAAUGAAAUCAGGAUGGAGUCCACAACCCAUACAACGGCCAACAGCUGACACGAUAUUCAGAGAAUUGAAAUCGCUUGUCAGAUCAUCAAAUCAUAGGGCUAAUAGUGCUGGUCUUGAUUCAUUUAUUCCUACUCGACAUGAUUCAAUACCUUCAGCAUUAGAAGCCGAUAUUCAAUCCACAUAUUCAAACAUGGUAGAGGAUGACUUUGUUGAAAUCCUCGAGUUUAAACCAGAUUUUCCAGAUAUUAGUGAAGCCAAAAGAUUACAUGGUGAAAAAAAAUAUGGUGAAGCGUAUAAAAUCUUCAAAUAUCAUGCGGAUCAUGGAGACGCGGCCGCAGAAUUUUAUGUUGGUUACUAUCUAAUUUCAGGUGACCAUGAUGUGCCACAAGAUAAAGAACUAGCGGUAGAAUAUUUCCGUCGUUCAGCAGAAAAAGAUAUUCCAGACGCACAAUUUAGAUACGGAGUCGCUUUACUCAGCGGCGAAGGAGUAAAGAAAAGUGCCGAGAAUGAUAGGAUUGCUAUAGAAUAUUUAGAAAAAGCAGCAGUUCGUGGAAAUAUUAAUGCUAUGUUUAAUUAUGGAGAUUUAUUGAUUAAUGGUGCGCAUGGUGUUCGACAAAAUCUAUCAGAAGGUGCACGUUGGUUGAAACAAGCACAUUUGAAAAAGCAUCCUCAUGCGUAUAAAAAAUUAUCGGAAAAAUAUAAGAGUUUAGGAAUGGACAUUCCUCAAGAAAUAAUUGAUGGACUUAAACGAAUAUAA